CUCAUUCAGCUCGGACUCCUCUACCAGACGAUCACUGAGAGUGAGUGAGUGUGUCCAUCAUGAAUGUUCUUAUGCCCUCCAUGCUAGGGGACGACCCACACAUGAUGGCUGAGCCGGCGGUCCAGAUCUUCGAGCAGCCCCGGCAGCGGGGGAUGCGCUUCAGGUACAAGUGUGAGGGUCGCUCAGCUGGCAGCAUCCCCGGAGAGAAUUGUUCCGACAACAACAGGACCUACCCCAGCCUGCAGAUCCUGAAUUACUCUGGCAAAGGUAAGGUGCGUGUUUACCUGGUGACGAAGAACGAGCCGUAUCGGCCGCAUCCCCAUGACCUGGUUGGGAAGGACUGCAAAGACGGAUUCUACGAGGCCGAGUUCGGUCCCGACCGCAGAGUGAUUGUUUUCCAGAAUCUGGGCAUCCAGUGUGUGAGGAGGAGGGAAGUGAAGGAAGCGAUCGUGCAGAGGAUCACCAGAGGGAUUAACCCCUACAGCGUGCCACGUGAGCAGCUGCUGCAGACAGAGGAGUACGACCUGAACGUGGUUCGCCUUUGCAUCCAGGUUUUCCUGCAGGAUGAGAAUGGGCAUUACACCCAGUCGCUCAACCCCAUCGUCACUAACCCCAUCUACGACAACAGGGCCCCAAAUACAGCAGAGCUGAGGAUCUGUCGGGUCAACAGGAACAGUGGCACUGUCAAAGGAGGAGAUGAGAUCUUCCUACUGUGUGACAAAGUACAGAAAGAUGACAUUGAGGUGCGAUUCUUCUCCCCUGACGGCUGGGAGGCUAAAGGCUCCUUCUCCCAGGCUGAUGUUCAUCGCCAGGUAGCCAUCGUCUUCAAGAGUCCUUCCUACUACGACACCUCCAUUACAGAGUCGGUCACUGUGCACAUGCAGUUGCGAAGACCUUCUGAUCAGGAAGUCAGCGAGAGUAUGGAGUUCAGAUAUUUGCCUGAUGACAAAGACCCUUACGGCUACAAUGAGAAAAAGCGCAGAAGAGAGCACUUGAUGAAGAUGUCAGGAUUGUCAGGGGGUCCUUUUUCUGGACUGGCUUUGAACAGGCCAAAGGCAGUGUCACAGACUACCAUGAGUCAAAUGCGUAAAGACCCAAGCAUGUACCUAAGGACACAUCCCAUAUCUACGAUGCAGCAGCAACCUGCUAUGUUCAACCCAUCUUACCAGCCAGGGCCCCAGAAUGUGAUGAUGCCAUCAACGGCUCGUAAUCUACAAAUUAGCCAAUCUUGGGCAAACCAAAGCGCUACACUCUCAAUGGACACGGUCACCAUAAACCCCUCUGUUCCCAUGAACAAUCUGCUACGUCCUACUACUAUCAGGCAACAGCAGCCAAACCAUGGAUCUAUUUACUCCCACAGAAUGGACAGCUGUGAGAAUAACGCCCUACCCCAGCUCUCCGUAAGGGACUUGCAGUGCUUGGAAACAGCCCCACAGUCCUCUGUUAUGAGCCAGUCGGAGUCCCAGACACUCUUCCACAUGCAGCACCAAAGGGAUGAGCAAGCAUCGGAGAGCCAGGCCCAGAAUCAUCUAGGCAACCAAAACCAGGGUCUCCAGACUGUGUGGCCCACUUUCAAUGCAGUCCAGAGCCCAUUUAUCGGGUCAGUACCUGGAGGUGGAGGGGGGUCCCAAGGGCUUGGCUCUUUCCCCUUCCUUGACGGCAUGCAAGGGGAUGAUUUGCUGAAGGCCUUUGUGGGAGGAAGUUCUCAGACUGGCUUCCAGCUGAAGCAGGAGCCCCAGAUGACCGUGGGACAAGAUACCCAUGCCUCAGUCAUGCAAUCCCAAAGGGAGGGCCAAGGAAAUACUUACACCAACUUGCUUCCUCGUCCUAUGAGCAAUGGCACGAAUAUGAAUCAAGUGAUACACGAUGGUAGUGGCAAUAACCAGGCUUUCAAAAAUAUGCAGAAUCCUUACUCAAACAACAGCAUGGCCCCAGAGAAUCACUUUUCAACAUUGGCUGACUGGAUGGAAGCAACCCGGCAAAGCGACUAGAGGCAGUGACAUAUGCCGUAUAUAUUAUCUUGUUUUACCUUAUAAAUCCAGAAUUGUUGCUCUCUCCCACUUUGGCAUGGUAAGGCUCAGUGGACACUGGUUAUUUCAUCUGUGGGCAUGAGACCAAAAUUAUUGGCAGGCAUUUGGAUUCAUAACCAACGACUGGUUUUGUUGUUUCUUGGUGGCACAACCGAUUACUGUCUAUAUUCCUUUUUGGCAAAAACAUCACAUUGGUCUUUGCUUGUGUAAAGUGUAAACUGUGCUUCUGAUAUUGUUCUUCCCCAACCCUCUUGGUUUGCACCAUUCAUUCCCUCUAAUUCAUUUCUUGGUUUGGCAUCAAGCAGGUGAUUUUCUCCAAAUUACUCCAUAAAACCGAGCUCACACUUAUUCACCUGGUUUCUGCAAGGCUAAGACAUGCACGUGGAUGACCUCUGCCGAAGACUGUAAUGAUGAUAAUGAACUCAUCAAAUGAUACACUGAAGCAAGUUAGAUUUUUAAAGAGGUGAAUGUGCGUCUCUCUUUCUUUCUUUCUUUCUUUGUCUCUCUCAGGUGAAGUUGGUUUCACUGUAUACAUACUGUAUAUAAAUUAAUGUUUUCUUUGGUGUUUGAUGCUAAAGAAAACAGGGGCAAGUGAAUGUUAGGGAUUUUGAAAAUACAGCAUAAAAAUGGCUUAUCAUCAUUGGUUUACUUGUUGAUUCUUUUUAAGAGAUUUAUACAUAUUAUGUUAGUUAAGGUGUGCAGCUGUUCAAUUCAUUUCUUUAACAGAGCUGUUAAAUGCUCACUGUAUAUACAUGUUAGCCAUAGUUGAGGGUGAAUGCAGAAACUAUGCUGAAACACUCAAGAAGUGGCCAGGUACUGAAAUUUCCAUUGAGGAAGUGGGAGGAAGCACAUUCAGAAGUGUCUGUCCUUGUAAUGACUAUGUCAUACCAGUGAUCACAUGUAUUAUCCAGAGUUCUCAGAGUAUUUCUACCAGAUGUUUUAUAGAUAAACUUGUCCUUUUUUUUGUUAUUGUUGUAAAUGUUCAACUGAUGCUCUUAGGGACUGUUCGACGGAGUUCUUUGUGACUAGACACAUGGCUGAUGUUGGAGGAGAACCUGGUGGAAGCCUGCAGAGAAACUUUGUUACCAUCAGCCCAGCUCAGCCUACAUGCUUUCUGACUUAUAUAUCUUCCAGAAGCUUUUGGAUAUUAUUUUGUUGACAGCUUUGUAAGUUUAGCUUUUUUUGUUGUUUUUUUGUACUGAAUCUUUUCUUAAUAAAUAAAAACUUUGUCCACAUCUUU